UAUUACACUUCUCGACCGGACCACGUUCUCCAGUCCAGCAAAUACAUAAACUACCACCAACCAGCUACACAAACAGUGUGACUGUGAGUGAAGUCGGAAAAAGCACGGCACAGCAGAGAAUACUUAUGUACUGCGGUUCUCCCCAAUAAGACUUAAACUCAAGUCAACUUGGCUUCACAUUUUUUUUUCAAACGGCACAGAGUAAAACCAUAUUUCAGUCGAGUCGAGAGUGAGAUUGGGAAAGGCAGCAAACGUCCAGUGCGCAGGCAGGCAGGCAGUCGAGAGAUACGUACAAAAACGGGGAAAGCGAAACCGUUUUUCUCAGUUGAGAUUCUGAUUCUGCACCGACAGAGAGUCAUGAAUAACCCGGGUAGUAGCGGAGAAGUGUCUCAGGGGAAAUAACGGGAUCAACGUAUUAUUACGAAGCCUGAGUCGGUUUGUUCCCACAGCCAAACCUUUAGUAACAAAGUUGCCGUCGAUUGUAAAACAUGUCCGAGUCUGACUUUCUCCCAGUCUCAAAAAACUUUCCAAGAAUCUUACAGAAUUGAAUACUCAUUCAAUCUGAAAUUGAUUAAGUUUAGAUAAAAGUUACGUAAAAGUCUUUGGAGAAAAAGAAGAUAUGAUUUUCUAAAGAAAAUCUGAACAGUGUAUAAUAAUAAAGGAAAUUAUGAUUUUAAGAAAGUGGGGAAAAGUGAAAUUUUGAAAAUAUUUAUUUACUUUGCAUCUAUUAGAUGUACAUUCUUAAUUGAAAAGGUGAUCCUAGUCUCAAACUUUGUAAAAAAACUACUAUUUCAAUUCGAAAUUGAUCAAGUUCAUCUAAAAGUUUGAAGUGUUUUAAAAAAUAUAUAAUUUUUUAAAGAAAAUCUGAGCAGUGUAUAAAUAAAGGAAAUUAUGAUUGGGGAAAAGUGAAAUUUUGAAAAUAUGCAUCCACGUGAACUCAGGAUCCUCGGGGAAAAGUGAAAUUUUGAAAAUAUACAGUUUGCAUCCACAUAAACUCAAGAUCCUCCUAUUUUCACUCUCUUAAUUGAAAACGUCAAGAGUUACAUAACAAAACAAAUAUAUUGCGACAAUAAAAACGUGUGAACUGCAUUGCAUAAGAACAAGAUCAAGAACAUUGGCCGGGUGAAUAAGUAAGUAAGCAAAGCCCACAUUUCUUUACACACUUUCCCCGAGAAACACGACACUUAACGUGAUUGAGCUGGACAACAAGGCGUGAACAACUAGUGUAAAUCUGGCACUGAACUAGUGUCCUCUCUAGAAAUACAUCCAUAAGUCGCAUGGAAUAUAUUGACUCUGAUCAACCAAACCAAUCUCACUCGACUCACCGAUUACAUGAAUAUGCUUGACCUAAGUGAAAGCAAGUAAAAGCAAAACUUGGAACGCUUUGAUUCUGUCCCUCUAAAGGCAAAUCCAAUCUCAUCCAAAGUGUUCUUAAAGUGAGCGUAAAUUGAUUCUCAAGAAGGACGGACACCGGGUGGACGUGGACGUGGACAAUCCACCCACCGAGAGAAAGCGGCAUAAUACUUUCUUCCCAAGAAACUGAAUGAACUAAACCCGGCCUCACGAUGAGGUCGACUUUGACACUAAUCCUGACAAUUCUGGCAACUUUUUGCCAAGCCGAGUGUCCAAUAGAGUGCUAUUGUGAUCGCCAAGUGACAACCUGCACGGGGGAUAAAUUAUUACGAGAUUUCCCCAAGUUUUCCCAAGACCUGGCAAGUAGGUUGGAGUUGCACGAGUACACGGUCAGCUACUUGAGCAGGGAAGACUUUCUCCAAAUUAUUUCAAACCUUAGUGAACUAUCCUUCACGCGAAAUUCCCUCGAGUCGUUUCACAAUCAGACUUUCUCCUUGCCCAACGAACCCGCCACACCGUCAACAAGGCAGAGUGAGAACCACUUUUCUUCGCCUCGUUCAUCUUCCCAAAAUCUGGAGAAGGACGCUUUGAAACUCAGAAUUCUAGAUUUGAGUCAGAACAAGUUGGUGUAUUUUGUGGGUGGUGGGCGCCUCCAGAGGCUCAAACUCUUGGACUUGUCGUCCAACGAGCUCCAACAGGUCUUCAACCUGGGUGCCAUCGAGCGGCUGGAAAGCGUUAAUCUUCGCGAUAAUAGGAUUUCAUUCCUUCAACCUGCGACCUUUCAGGGUCUAAAAUACCUCCAGUACAUAAAUCUGGACACGAAUAGUUUAAGCUCCGUUGACCCCUCUACUUUCUCCAACCUUCCGGCUUUGGCCCAUUUAAUCUUUUCAUCUAACCCGGUGACCAACCUGGUGUCCGGAUUCUUGUGGAAUUCUCGGGUUCAAUUCGUCGACGUAUCGCACGUUGGAUUAACCUCGAUUCCGAGCAGUUUGACAAAGACGGUUCGCGACUUCCGCUUGGCGAACAACAACCUGACAAUCAUUCGCCAGACUGAUUUCGAAAGCUAUCCGAACGUGGGUCUCCUCGUUUUGGAUGAAAAUGCGAUCGAGACCGUGGAAGACGAUGCCUUUGGAAGGCUCGACUUCUUAACGCGUCUCUGGAUGAAUGGCAAUCGGUUGCGCCACAUCCCCCAAAACCUGCCCCCCUUCUUACAAUCCCUCCACCUCGAAGGCAACCUCAUAUCCAACCUGACCUCCACCGACUUUCACAACUUACACAACCUCCAAGAACUCAACCUCCACGGAAACCGGAUCCCAUCCCUGCCCCCCUUCAUAUUUUCCGAGCUCUCCUCCCUCACCUCUUUGGACCUUCGCUCCAACGAAAUCGACGUCCUCUACCGCCACACUUUCACCAACCUGUCCUCCCUCCGAACCCUGGACGUGUCUCAAAACCCGAUAAAAGUGAUUGUAACCGGUGCUUUCUCCAAUCUAGUUAAACUUUCUCUCCUCCACUUAUCCCGCCUCGAGUUCCCCAUCGAAUUCGACCCGAGCUCUUUGAUGACUCCUUUGCAAUCCUUGCAAAUCCUGCUGCUCGACGAUUCGCCCCAUUUCGCCCAAAAACUGGUCCACCAAAACCCGGUCUCCCUUCCGCAGAAUUUGCACGAGCUAAAUUUGGAACGUUGCUCGUUGACAGAUUUUAACGCCGUGUCCACCGCCCUGGCAGAACUCAAUCUCCGCAUCAUCAAGCUGGCUGGGAAUCCGUGGGACUGUCGCAAUUUGUUCGGGUGGUCGUCCUCAUCUCUAAUGAGAGUGGUGGACGGACCGGAAUGCGACCAGCCUCCCAAUCUCAGAGGCGUGCUACUUUCCUCGCUAAAUUUCUCCUCCGCAGUCGGACUACAAACUACGGCUCCGGAAGGUUUGGGAGAAGAGGAAGGGAAUUUCGAGGAGGAAAAUAAUUUACUUGAUUUUACAGAACUGACCCCUGACUUGGGAGUCUCGGAGGAGGAGGUAGAGAAAGGAGACGGUGAAAGUUAUGGGUCUAGUGUACCACCAACCUCCACGAACGACGAGGACAUUAGUGGCACGGGGAACCUUCAUACGAGUGCAGGACCCAAGCCUGCUGGUUCGCUAGACAAAGUGACAAAUGCCUCGAAUACUGAGAAUACUAAUUCUCCUGAGAAUGCACCACAUGCUCUUGAUGCUAAUGUUAAUCCGGUCAGAUCCACUUCAUCCUCAGUAGUUCCUGGUCCUCGUCCAGGCAGACUUUCACCCUCGCCCACGAGUCCUACUGUUCACGGUGAAAGUGGCCCCAGCACAAAAAAUGAGGCUACCUCGCUACGAGUUCAACAUCACCCAAAUCCGACGCCACCUUCAGUAGCGGUAGAAAUGUCGAAUGGUACAGUGUCCAAAUCCCAAAGUGUGCUUGGUGCUGCUGGUCGGCCAACAAAUGGGAAAGCCUCUCCAACAAAUCGUUUCGAUGAUUCGUUCCGAAGUGAAGGCACAGAUACGAUCAUCAUGCCUCGAAUCGAUAGCCGUCCCAGCAACGGUCCUCUUCCUCCCACUGCCAGAAACAGUGAUACUGGUCCAGCUGGCCUCUCCGAUUUGGACGACGCAGUGCCCACCAGAUCCUAUUUUGAUGACUUCAAUUCGAGAGGUUCUGGAACAAAUAGCAUAAGUCUCGGUGGUGGUCGUGGUGGAGAAAGUGGUGGUGAUAAAAAACUAACAAUUUCCUCCUCCGAAGAAGGAGCAGCAGCAGUGAGAACAGCGUCGUCGUCUCUUGACAAGACAAAGACAAAUGAUGAUAACACAAUUAUUGAUGAGGGCGGGAGGAGGAGGAGUGCUUCGAGCAGUGGUGGUGAUACGAAUGAUGAAGAGGAAACCGCUCCAAAAUCGAUUGAUGGAUUUCCGUCUGACGUGGAUGGACUAUCCGAAGCCGCUUCUUCAUCCGCAUCCAAGUUGCCGACAGCGGGUCGAAAUCGGGAUGGAAAACCACCACCUAAAGCUUUCCAUUUGCGCCGGGAGAGCCAACCGAGUCCUUCGGCGGCCCAGAUGGAAUCCACGAGUGGUGCAAUCAUCGUUAAAACAGUCGUAAUUUCAGCCACAGUCUGCCUUGUCUCCGUUCUACUGUUGCUUUCACUGAGCUUCGCCGUGUACAAAGUUUCCCAGAGACGACAAUCUCCAACUUUUAUUUGCGGUGCGGCCACCCGCAGAAAAUCGGAAGACGAAGAAGACGCUUCAUCUCCGACCGGCGCAUCCCGCUACACGGCCACGUCCUACACUCGUUUCGGGAGAAAGUCUGACAGAAGUCGAAGUAGUUGCAAUCAAAAUCUUGCAGACUUUGACUCGGAUUCUUCGGACCAAGUUGAGUUAAGGAGUGGAAUUACCAAUCGACUCUACUUCUCUGCCGAGAAUGAAGAGAUCUACCACAUUACGUAGCGGGCGGAACGGCUGUCUUAUAUCCUCACACCCGCCCAUCACACACACACACACACUUUCACUCUCUCUCUCUUCUCACUUUCUCUCUCUCUCUCUCUCUGUUACACCAUUCCCAUCAACUUCAAUUUCUCGAAGGUUAAAUAAAGCUGAAAGGGGCAGAGGUGGGCAAAAUACUGAGUUGAAAAAUAGAGUAUUUUGAGCCAUGUUGUUCCCAGAGUUUGGAUUUCCGGGGCUGUUUCACCAAAAAAAAGACGAGAAUCUACGUGGAGAAGGCAACCGUCAAUCGAGAGUACAGGUUU